GGGGACGAAAAAGUCAUCAAAGCUGUUUUUCAAAACCGACGCAAGGAACGUUUGUCGAUGCAAAGGUAUAGCGCAGAGACAGCGAUAGAAGCCGUUGACCAAAAAAUGUGCGAGACAGCAAAUCAGCUGAACGAAUUACGUCACCAGCGCGUGCAGAGGGAGCUGAAGGUACAGGAGUUACAAGCAGAACUAGAUCGCAUGGCAGACAUACUGGCCAAGGAAGAGUGCGACUCGGAGGAAAUGAGGCACACUCGUCUUCUAGAGAACUCCCUGGACAAAGCCCUCAUGAAGUGCCAGACCGCCCGCAAUAUCAGCUCGCAGUACGAAGCCAUCGUGGAGAAAUUGAAAGAGGAGCAAUUACUGUUCCCCGCCAAAUUGGAAGUUCUGGAGUCCGAGUUGAUGGAGGUGACGGACGAACUGAAAGAGCUUACCGUGAUGAACAAGCAGGCCCAGGCCGCCGGCGAGGAGGCCAAGAUGGAACUGUCGAGAAUGGAACAAGAAAUCUUUGACGGAAGGCGGAAAAGAGACCAGGAGCUGGUGGCGACUCGGAAGGAGGUUGAGCGGAGGAAGGAAUCGGUGGACAAGAUGGAAAAGAAGGGUGCGAGGCAUACUCUAUAUGGCGAAUCCCAUCAAGAUCAAAAAGCACAGGCAGAACAGCAGCGACAGCGGCAGAACCAGACCAAGAUUUUGACGUACGAAGAGGCAUUUGACAGAAUAAAAGAAGCGACGCUGGUCUCUGACAUAUCCGAUGUGGUCAUACGCGUGGAGAUGCAGGACGAGAAACGGCAGCAGUUAGAACAAAAACGCCAGCAGCUGGAGGGAAAGAGGAACCAGCUGCUAAGGGAAAAGGAGCGAAUGCUGCAGAUCUACCACGACCUCCGAUACACGGGAGAAAAAGCUUUGUCGGAUGGUGAACGGAAGCUGGAGGAGAAGCAGGACCAGCUGAGGAAGCUUUGGGAUCAGCAUUGGAGAACAGAGAAGAAAGUUCUUCAUGGGAAGAAACUCUACCAGACCCUGUCCGUCGCCACUGACAACCUUCUCAAGAAGCUGCAUGGUAUCACACUAAAGCCGCCACACAAUCUUCCCCGUACCGGUAACUUAAAGCACGAUUUAGAACUGUGCAAGGCAAAGCUGUCCGCGUUGUUGGAAUCUGUUGACGUCAAACAGAUAGAGGACGCCGAGGAAAAUAUAUCGGCACCUGAGUACCACGAGUUCCUGGAGUCCCGGCUUCCUUCCACCAAUGUGAGGAUCCACCUCGCUGAAAGCCUGGGAUCUCUCACAGACUUCCACUACGAUAGCCACACUGAUGACACGGACGUUCUGACGCGAGACGACAUUAAAAGACAAGGUCAGGAAUUGGCCGAUGCUAAACUGAAGCCCAAAAAGAAGAAACCCCGAAAGAAAUAG